AUGCUGCUCCUCUUUGCCGCUCUCAUAGCAGUUGUGACGGCUAAUUGUCCCUUAGGCACUGUUUACCAUCAGGAAUUUAACAGGUGCUACAAGUUCGUGAGCGAUCCGCAACCAUUCUACCUUGCCGAAGAAGCAUGUAUCUCCGCCGGUGGUCACGUUGUUUCUGUAUCAAACGGCUAUGAAAAUGCUAUGCUCACAGAAACGUCUCAAACCAAUAAAAUACGUUACGCGUAUGUGGGUCUUAACAAGCUGUCGUCCACUUCAUGGGGAUGGUCAGAUGGUUCAAAUAGCACUUACACUAAUUGGGCCACUAAUCAACCUUCCAACACAUCUACAUGCGCUGUGCUGAAUAGUGUGGAUGGAACAUGGAUGGGUGUCGCAUGUAACGCAGCGUAUCCUUACAUAUGCGCAACAAUCGCCAGUGUUCCGGCGCCCACCUGCCCUCCAUGUCCAACAGCAGGCGGAUGCCCGUCGUUUCCGCCUACUGUUGGCCACUGUGAUUCCGGAUGGGCCUAUUUCGACAAAACGGACUCGUGUUACAGAUAUUUCCUAUGGGCUACGUUCGAUAACGCCGAAAUGGUCUGCAUGUCAAAUGGCGGACACCUCACCUCCAUUCAUAGCGACGAGGAAAAUGUCUUCGUAGCUGAUAUCUCUAAAGCUGGUGUUGAAUAUAAAAAGGAAGACGAUCUUACAUGGAUUGGACUAAAACAGAAAGACUAUCCCACGUCAACAGCAUGGACAUGGACCGAUGGGACCCCACUUGACUAUCAGAACUGGGGACCUUCGCAGCCGGACGACAAGAGGGGUAAAGAGCAUUGUGCUCAGACUCACAGUGACUAUCUUGGACGAAUUCCGGCAAAGGAUAACAAUUAUCAGCGCUGGGAUGAUUGCCAGUGUACUCUAACGAUGAGAGCGUACGUGUGCAAGAAGUACUACCCUGCCGUUGAUGACUGGAGACCUGGGAUGGCGAUGGUUGGGCCGCAAAUGGAAGAUAUAGUGUCAAAACGACGUGAAGCACCACGUGCAAUCACAUGCUACAAAUUCUCAACCGAUCCACUACCAUUCUACAUGGCAGAAGAGGACUGCAUCAGCCUCGGUGGGCAUCUAGUUUCUCUCGAGGGAGGACUUGAGAAUGCUAUGGUAGCUGAAACAGCACAACAGCAGAAAAUCAACUCAUCAUUCUUCAUCGGUAUAAAUAAGCUGAAUGGGAACGCUUGGGGAUACACAGAUGGACAACCUGUCAACUAUACGAAUUGGGCAAAAGGAGAGCCAUCAACCACUGCAACAUGCGCUGUCGCUUCACCAGGUGACGGGAUUUGGAAGUCAACGUCUUGUUCCAGUGCUUAUUCCUACGUCUGCGCAAUCUCCACCAUAGUUCCUAUCGUAACGUGUCCGCCGUGCCCAACCAUGGGUUGUCCAGCACCUCCAGCACCUCCGGCUCGUUGCCAGUCUGGAUGGACCUACUUCACUAAGACCAAUUCUUGUUACAAGUAUUUCUUAUGGCAAAAUUUCGACAAUGCUGAGAAUAUUUGUAAAGGGAAUGGUGGACAUCUCACCUCAAUCCAUAGUACCGAGGAGAAUAUUUUUGUCUCAACAAUGGCGAUGUCGGGAAAUACGUACACGGAUUCAUCCGAGUUGACAUGGAUAGGUUUGAAACAGGUGAACUAUCCUAGUAGUAAGGAUUGGACGUGGACUGAUGGAAGCCCAGUCGACUUCUUCAUGUGGGCACCAACGCAACCAGAUGAUUCUCAUGGACAAGAACAUUGUGUAGAAAUCUACAGUGAUCAUACAGGGAAGGAUCCUGCAAAAGACGGGAACUAUCAAAAAUGGAACGACAUACCGUGCUCAACUAACAUGAGAGCAUUUGUGUGCAAAAUUCCGUCAAUACAUUGA